GCGCUUUAUCUAUCUACAAAUAGAUGAAUUCUGAUACAAGACCGGUAGUUUUCAUUUUCAGGGUUAUUUUCCUCCUGUAAACCUCGAUUCCAGAUUGCAACCGUAAGGGAAAGUUCACAUCAGCGGACGGUCAAUUCAUAAUGAACUACUCGUCAAUUGUCAUCAUAGUGCUGCUAGCUGUGAUCGGGUUAGACCUCGGGCAAGCUACUUACGAUCAUGACCUUGAAUUUACAGAAGAUGAGUUCCAAACUCUAAUGGAUAUGAUGGAAGAUUCGGAGAAUGAACGGGAUGUGCGCCUUUCUAACUGGUUUAAAAAGGCAUUUAAUUCUGCCAAAGAUUGGACCAAAAAGGCUGCCAGUGACGCAGGGAAAUGGACGAAGAAGGCAGCCAGCGACGCAGGUAAAUGGACCAAAAAAGCCGUCAAAGACGCGGGCAAAGCAAUCAAGAAAGGAUGUGGAUAUGUCAACGAGAUACCAGUCAAAGAACUUGUUUAUCACAGAACGAAGGAGAUGACAGAAGAAGAGUUUAUGUCGGAUGUCGACGAGGCUCAGCUAGCAGCUGCUUACAAUGCUUUAAAAUCAGGUUGCAAAAUCAUUGGGAAGUAGAAGGAUGUACAUCGACUAACUCUCCCUCCUUCAAAUCAGGGCCCUGUCUUUCAAAGAGUUACGAUUAAUCCAAUCAAUCGUAACUCUAUGGAAAUCCGUCAUUGUCA